GAUGUGCGGUUUCGUCCGCGGCUUCCUGGUUGCCCAGGAUGCGCCGACGCCUCGAAGGGGCGCCUGCUUCGGGGCGGCGAAGUGCCAGGCGCUCAGGGCAGACGAGUGGUCGAAGGAGGCGCUCGCCAACGCCGGAAAGAGCUGGCUCAUGUGCCCGGAGAACAAGACUGGCGGAGCCCUUCGCCCCGACGACUCGAGGUUGGUGGGCGAGCGCAGGUCCGAGCCAGGGCGCGUGCCGCAGCGCGUGCCCGACGCGAUCGCGGUUAAAAUCCUUGGGGGCGCGGCGCGCAUUUUUGGCAAUCGGCUGGCCAGCGUUUCCCCCGUGGAAGUGAAGGGGGUGUCGUGGGAUUGCAGCCUCGCUUUCGAGGCCGCGGCGAAGCGCGCGGGGGCCCCGCUUGCCCCUCGCUCCGCCGCCGCGGCCCACUGCGUCGCUGGCGCCGCGCUUCCGCGGGCCAUCGUCGACCUCCUGGGCGCGCCGGCGACGCCCCGCUCGCCCGUGGCCCCCGCGGGCUCCGCGGCCAUCGGCCGCGCCGG